ACUGCAUGAUGGCGGUGCCCAUGACAGAUCUGGCACAUUGACUUUACCUGGAGGUGUGCAGUUUACCCUCUCUUUAAAUCCCUCCAGAGAAGUUUCUCAGUAGAUGACAUCAACCGAAAUCUUCGUCCGUGAUUUUUAAUGAACUCAGCAGCAGAUCAUGGCUCUCCAAAGACUGUCCUUCAGACUACGGCAAACGGUAACGCAUGUACGGUCCCUUCAUACCAGUGGAUGUGGGCAGCAGCAGGCAGCUGUGGUUGUAGAGUCAGAACCUGAGCCCCUCUCAGUUUUCAGAACACAAGAGAAUGAUCCGGCAUGUCAGUCAGAGAAGCACAUGGGACAGUAUUACGCGUUGCCCUCCCCACACAUCCGCACCCUGUUCCCUCAUGGUCUCCCAGGGCGCUUUGAACAACAGCUAAAGACGUUCAAUGAAGCCUGUAUGAUGGUGAGGAAGCCAUCUCUCGAGGUCAUAUCUUACCUGAAGAAAACAGACUUCAGCAAACCGUCACUGCGAUAUUUAUUCUACGGCUUAGCUGGAAGUGGGAAAACAAUGUCUCUCUGUCACACAGUCCACUUCUGCUACACACAGGGGUGGCUGGUGCUGCAUAUUCCUGAUGCUCACAUCUGGAUGAAGAACUGUAAGGAGCUGAUGCCGUCAUCCUAUAAUGAAUCUCGCUUUGAUCAGCCUUUACAAGCCUCUGAAUGGUUACGCAACUUCCGAAUCACAAACGAGCCCUUCCUCUCAAAGAUAAAAACAAAGCAGCGCUAUGUGUGGACGAAGAGAGAGUUCACCGAGGAGGGAAGUUUACUAGGACAGCUGGUGGAUCAGGGUAUAUCUCGUGUGAAGAGCAGCAGUGAUGUGGUGGGGGCAGUGUUGAAGGAGCUGAGGCUGCAGAGCGGGCAGCCAGAGUCGGACUUUCGCAUGGCCGUGGCUGUGGAUGGUGUCAACGCCCUGUGGGGACGAUCCACCAUCAAGAAGAAGGAUAAGAGUCCGGUGGAACCAGAUGAGCUGACUUUGGUUUAUAACCUGAAGAAGCUGCUGACAAAGGACUGGACUGGAGGCGCCAUCCUCACCACUCUGUCUCAGACAGGGUCUCUCUACACCCCGAAAUUUGCGUACUUGCCUCAAGAGCUGCUGGGCAAGGUCAGAGAUCGUUUUAAUAUAGUUUGCUUAGCUCUUGUCCUCAAGCUCGGACAGCAGUUGAGUCUUACCUUCUCUUUUCAAACUUUGGUCAUUAGUCUGGAAAUAUCGAACCUGGGCUUUUGACUGCAUCACUUCUAAUCCUCAGAACUGGUGUGCAAAAGUUGUUUUUAAGAUUUAGAAUUUAAAUAAAUUGACACACAACCAAACAUUAUGAUUUUGUUGUUGCUUUUAAGCAAGCAUCUUCCUUUUUUGUUGUGAAUGUUCAACAAAGCAGCCAAACUAUCCAGUGGUAAAGCUGCCACAUCAUAAUAUCCCUUUUAACUGGAUCAAUAAAUCCAUCAUGUUCACCCUCCUCUUCCAUUCAUACUGGACACCAACUGUGAAUCAACGUAGGGUCAUAUAACAUUCUUGCUACUUCACCAAAUAAAAAAUAAUUUGAUGUCAUAAUAACAUAAUAUUAACUAAUUUAGACUCUUGACAAAUUACCCCAAAAAAUAGUUUCAAGAUGCAAUUAUCUGCAAAUGCUGGAAUUUGAUUGUAUAACAAUGAAUGACUCAAUUUUAAAGAUAGUAACUGCGCCUGUGGUGCAUUAUAAACAAUGAUAUGCUUGAUGAUUGAUAAAUGUGUUAAGAGUUAGUGAUUUAUUGCAUUUAAAUAGUGAUAUUUUCUGAUAAUGCUCUUUAGAGAUUGAUAUUCUGCAUGUUGACUUCCUGUGUGUGU